CCUCGAGUCAGGGGCGCCAUGUGCGGGUCCUGGACACCCACUGCUCCACCUGAGAAGUUGAGCUUGGAUCCCCUGUGUGGGACCUGGACGAGGUACGGGGAGCCCGCAGCCCCUGCACCUGGCCAGGGCUGGCUCCCCGGACCGCACGCUUCUCCGUCGCCCCCUCCGUGCUGGGAGCGAUGGCUGUGUGCUGCUGGGACCCGAGGCACUUGGGCAGUUAGCCCAGAACUCCUGGCAGAGGCGGCCACAUACCCAGACCCCCACACGCCAGGCUCGUGAGCACAUGCAGCUGCUGGCCACAGCACCCCGCUGUCCUCCUGCACCCCCACCCAGGGCUGCUGCCCAGCUGCGGAGGAGGAGGCAGCUGGGCCGAGGAAGGGGUGGGUGGCCUCCCGGCCAGGAGGGAUAAGUCAGGGCCCCAGUGGGAACCAUGACAGCCCUGAGUGUAGGAUCCCUGGGGUGGGGCCACAGCCACCCAGAGUCUUUAGUCCAGGCCCUGGGAGGUUCUCAGUGGGCGCAGCUGCCCUGACUCGGUUCUAAGGAUUUAAGAGACAGGAGCUGUCACUCAAGUACCCAGGCCUGCCCCAGGGAUGACCACAGCCUCCAGGGACCACAGGAAGGUCAGCCUCCGAGGCUGCAGGACGCCCUGGGGCAGCUAUCCUGGCAGGCAGCUCUCCAGCUGCUGGAGCUUCCCUUCUUGGGGUGUCGUGUGGACACCCUUGCCUGUGCAUGACACGACUCAGGGACUGCUGGGCCUUGGUGCCACUAUCUGGGACCCCUGAAAGGGCCAGGACCCAAGCUGCUCUGAAGCAGAAGCCCCUCCCUGACAGAGGUCACACCCCGAGUUCAGAGCUGGAGGGUGAGCUGCGGCCCCUGCCCACCUACCCUGGCCGGGCAGACCCCUCGCCCACAAGAGCCCGCAGGUAAGGCUGGAACCCAGGGGCCUGUGCCGGGGGUGCUGAGGGUGCUGGGGCCCUGAGCACGGGCCUCAUGGUCGGUGCGCAGCAGUCUUAAGAAAGCAGGAAGCAGCCGUUUCCGUGUCCUGCAGGUCCCAGCUCUCCUAGGGCUGUGUGUGCCCUGUCCCAGCAGGCGGUAAAGCAUCUGGUCACAAUGCUGCAUUUCUUUGUGUCUGCCCUGUCUGGAUGGUUGAUGGUUGAUGUGGGGGGAGAAUCGGGACUCUCACUUCACCUGUUCUGUGUAUAGUACUGAGGGUAGAAGCCACAGGUGCUAUACCACUGAGCUACAUCCCAGCCCUUCUUUUUAUUUUGAGACAGGGUCUGGCUGAGUUGCCAAGGCGGGCCUCAAACCUGAGGUCCUCCUGCCUCAGCCUCCCAAGUAGCUGGGAUUUCCAGGCAAGGGCCACAUCGCCUAGCUCACUUAACCUUUUCCUGAGCAUCAAGCUGCUUCUCACCCCGUGGAAUGGACAACCUACACACACACCUCUGUGCCCACCUCAUGCUGAGGCCUAGCCUGGACCCAGGUGGACUUUGGAGCCUCCUUUCUGUUCUGCUCGCCUCCCCUGCAGACCUGGUAGCCAUGUCUCAUUGCUUUCUUCUGCACUGUAGCUCCCAGACUGUGAGAUGCCCCAUUGGAUGGGCCUGUGACACCCAUGGGUGGGGCCCGGCUUCUGGAGGCCAGUGUGCUGCGUGUGUCCACAGCCCCUCCUGGCCAUGCCAAGGUGGCCCAUGGUGCAGCUGGGCACCCUGCUCUGCCUCUGGUAGAUGCCAAAGGCCAGAGACCCUGCUGUGCCACUGUCCCUGCAUGCCUUGGGCAGAGCAGGGCCCUGGGCUCCCUCGGGCAUGGAGAGCCAUCCUGCCCGGCCGGGAUGGGAUUGGCACUGCCCCACGGCAUGGCCGGCAUGAACCUUUAUGUGCGGCUCCUGGGCGAAGUGCCCUCCUCUGAAUUGGGCAAGGAGUGCCCCUCAUGCCCCUCGUGCCCCCAACACCCACAUGCAGGGCAGACCUUGCUGUCCCUCUCCAUCCGUGUAGUACUUUUGUUGUCACGGUUUGAUCCCGAGAGUGGUCACUGGCUUGUCUCCUGUGAAAGACUCAGGAGAGGUGAGGCUGAGUCUCUGAGGCCCCAGCCCCAUCUUUCCCCAGCUGGGCACGUGUCCUCCACGCUGUCCCUAAGGCUUGCUGGCCUAGACACAGGUACACGCACAGAUGUCACUUUGUGUACCUAGGUGUCUUGUACACAGCCACACACAUGCACGUAUCACACGUGGUCUCCUGUUAUCUGUGUACACACAGGCACAUGAACAUGGGUGUAUGAAAAUGCAUAAGCACACGUGGGUAAGCGUGAGUGUCUGCACACCUGCAGACACGUAUACAGAUGUGUGCACAUCCACCCACAGGUACUGUGAGAUGCCCCCCAUCCAGGCUCCCUGCCACGGGGCAGAACUCAGUGCCAGAGCCGUCCCCACAAGGCCUGUGACGUGAUGCACGGAGACCCAGUGCCGGGGGCCUGGGAUGGAAGCUGGACAGCCAGGGUCUCUCUGGGGUGAUGAAGAGGCCCUGUGGCUGCUGUGGUGAUGGGUGUGCUGCUCUGUGAGGCCCCUAAGUCUCUGAGUUGAGUCUGCGUGGGCGGUGGCUCCGUGGUGCGGGAACCACGUCUCUGGGCCUUGGUCUGCUGGGGCUGCCAUGAUGGCGUGCUGGGGACUGGCAACAGCUUGUUCUUGCUGUCCGGAGUGGGAGUGGGAGAAGAAGCCGGAGGCUCCAAAGAGCUGGUGUUUGGCACGCGCUGCUGCUCGCUGCGUCCGGGCUGGGACAGCAAACUCCAGGCCUCUGGCCUCGACCUACCCACCUCCCAGGGCCCAGCACCGUCACCUUAGGAGCGGGGCUCUCCGGGUGGAUUCUGAGGGACAUGUGCAGCCCAUGCCUCAAUGCAGCUGCUUGACAGAAAGGAAACUAGACGGAAAAGAGCCAUCUGGGGCCACUGUCACUGAGCUUGUCCUCCAGAGCUGCUGCAGGGUCCUCCGGAGCCCAGGUCACAAUCCACGGACACUGGUGCACUCGCACAGUGUUGCUCGGAUGUCACAAGAACAUCUCUGCCACGUGCUGUCACAUGGCGUCUGUGGGCUCAGAGCAGCUCUUUGCCCCCGCGGCUGAUACAGGUUGCGUGCAGGUCCAGAGGUCUGAGGCCAGGUCCGGGGCGGUGCCCAAGGUGUCGGGCCUGGAGCGCAGCCGCGAGCUCAGUUCCGAGCCCUUCCUGCCCGCGGCGCCACCCGGAGCCCGCACCAGCCCGCGGCUGAAGACGGAGGCGGUGCUCCGCCACGCCGCUCACCCCCAGCCCCGCGGCCCGCUGCCCACACCGACGGCGCAGACGCAGGAGCCUGCGCCACUGGGCACCUUCGCGGGCCCCAGCCAGGCGGCACCCUCGGGCCUGCACCUGCCAGGCCUCAGCAGGACCAGCAGCGCGAGCAGCGGCGCCCCGCUGGGCCUGGGGAAGCACGGGUCGCUGUCGCAGCCGGGGCCAGGCCCUCACUUCUCUACCUCACACCUGGCGCUCAGCGCCCAGGCGCACCAGCACCCUGCGGCCAUGUUCGCCGCGCCCACACUGCCCCCGGGCCCAGCGCUGCCCAGCGGCCUGGUGAUCCCAGGACACCCCGCAGAUGCCAGCCUGUUGCUCUCCCUCAGCCAGCCAAUCAUGUAUUGCCAGCCUCAUUCGGGAAUUCUGAUUGAUCAGGAGCUGCUCAGGCAAGAGCUGAACACGCGGUUUCUGGUGCAGAGCGCGGAGCGGCCAGGCGCCCCCCUGGGCCCGGGGGCCUUGCUCCGGGCCGAGUUCCACCAGCACACACACCAGCACACACACCAGCACACACACACGUUCGCCCCCUUCCCCCCGACGCAGUUCAUGCCGCCCGCCGCACCCCCACUGUUUGAGAAGUUCUCGGCCAAGCUGGACAGCCCCUACUUCCGACAUUCCAACCUCUUCCCACCCUUACCCUCUGCUGUCCCAGGGCUGCCCGCCCUGCUUACACACGCCAGCCCCUUUGGGUCCCUGCAGGGUGCUUUCCAGCCCAAGACUGCAAACCCCAUCCAGGUCCCAGGCCGAGCCAGUGCCGUCCACAACCUCCUGCAGAAAGCCCCUGGGGUCACUGACCCGUACCGGACGGCAGCCAGGAAGCCGGGGAAGUGGUGUGCAGUCCACGUGCAGAUCGCCUGGCAGAUCCUCCACCACCAACAGAAGGUGAAGCUGCAGCUGGACCCUCACAAGCUGGACGUGGGCACGAAGCUGGACCUGUUCAGCAGGCCCCCUGCCCCACGCGUGUUCUCGGGGUUCCACUACCCACAGGGUCUGGCCCGGCCCCUCUUCUGCAGCACAGGUACCGCCCACCCUGCCACCCACCCAUUCGGACCCUCGGCCCAUCAUGGCAGCUUCCUGCCUGCCGCCCACCUCACAGACCCCUUCAGCAGAUCAGGCACCUUUGGGGCCCUGGGCAGCCUUGCCAGCCACGCCUUCGGAGGGCUGGGGAGCCAUGCGCUGGCUCCAGGAGACAGCAUCUUCGCCCCCAAGGAGGGCGCCACGCUGCACGGCCUGCCCAGCCCGCAUGAGGCGUGGGGCCGGCUGCACCGGGCGCCGCCCCCGUGGCCCAGCCCCGCGGACGCGCUGAGCAGCCACCCGCGGGAGCCCAGGGAGCCCGAGCUCGGCCUGGAGGAGCGGGAGCGGGACCUCCUGGAGAAGACAAGCCUGCCUCGGCCGCCGGUGACGCACGCUCUGCUGCUGCGCGCUCCCGAGCCCCGCGUCAAGGACCCCCGCUCGCCGGUGCAGGAAGACGGCGCCAUGCUGGCCGCGCGCCCGCCGUCGCCCUGCAGCCAGGCGGCCCUGGGCGACAGCCUGCACCUGAGCGGCCUGCUGGGCUGCGAGCUCGCGCCGGGCGCCGCCGUGAAGGUGAAAGAGGAGCGCGCGGAGGACGUGGCGGGGCCAGGCCUGGGCCGCGACCACGGCCUCCCGCUGCACGCGCCGCCCCCACUGGUGGCCGCGCCCGCGGUCCCCGCGCGCCCCAGGGCCGCGCCGCUGGUGCCCGGUGAGCCGCGCGAGGUGGAGGCGCGGUAGCCGCGCGGACUGAGUGAGCUGCGGGCGCCGGGCUGCAGAGCGGGCCGCCGGGAACCCCGCUUUGUACCCUUUCCCCACAGGUGAGAAGCGUUUUUAAUGGUUUUGUAUUUUUCUUAAUUUUGUGCUCUUCAGACGUUUAACCAAAAAAUAAUGUUUAGUCGGGGUUUGGGAUUUACUGCCCUCGGCCCCUUUCCAGCCCCAGGUCUCGUCUAAGUUAUGGAGAGAAGACGGGCGGCCUUUCCGUCCAUGCACUGUGAGGCCGCUAGGCCCGGCUCUGCCCUCCCUCGGUCCUUGGAACCGAAGUCACAGAUCUGUAUUAAAAUAACAAUCAGUAAUGUACAAA